CUUUUCACGCGCACUUCCAACGACAAACUCUACUCUUCGCUCAUCCUUCCUCCCAAGAACAACUUACACAAUCACCAGAAACAUGAGUAACAGCAAAGCAAGCAAUGACGAGCUCAAGAACUCCAAGCUCUUCGAUGUCUCCCACGUUACUGCACUAGUCACUGGUGGAGGAACUGGGAUAGGACUGAUGAUAGUACAAGCUCUCGUGGCAAAUGGCGCAAAGGUGUACAUCACAAGCAGGCGUGAUGAGGUGUUGAAGAAGACGGAUGAACUACACGACAAGGGACCGGGACAGAUAAUUCCUCUACAGGGAGAUGUUAGCGACAAAGCCGACGUGGCCCGUCUCUGCAAAGAGAUCACCGAAAAGGAACCCGCUGGAAUCCAACUCCUGGUCAACAACGCUGGAAUUGCCCGUGACGAUGCCACGUCGUUCUCUAAGAAUGGCGAACCAGACAUGUCCUCUGCAUCUGCCAUUUCCGAACACUUCCUCAAGUCCGAGCCAGACUCCUGGGCCGACACUUUCAAGACCAACGUCUCGGCCAUGUUCUUCAUGAGCAUGACCUUCUUGCCACUGCUUGCCAAGGGCGGGAGCAAGACUCCUGGAUACACAUCCAGUGUGAUCAACGUGAGCAGUAUCUCCGGGUACAUGAAGGGCAGCAGCAGUGGCCAAUUUGCGUAUGCGAGUUCCAAGGCAGCGGCCACGCAUCUGAGCAGGAUGUUGGCAACGACGUUCGUCGGAACGAAGGUCCGUGUCAACACAAUCGCACCGGGAGUCUUCCCAUCUGAGAUGACUGCCGGUUCUUCGGAUGCGGAUAACAAGAGCAAUCUUGACAUGGAGAUGUCCAACCCUGCUGGUCGUCCCGGAAAGGACACAGACAUGGCUGCCACAGUCCUCUUCCUGGCUGGCCCAGGCGGUGUGUUCUACAACGACCAGGUUCUAUACCCUGAUGGAGGCAACACCCUUACUCAGCCCUCUGCCAGGGCUUGAUUUGAUAGUCGGCGCUCCAAAAGUAAGGAGGAAAUGUAAGCUACGGGGUUUUGAAGAUAU